UGUGUGUAUAUAAAAAACAUACAACUGAGUUUUAUAAAACAGUCAAAACGCUAACUUACUGAGAAGAGCAUACUCAAAGAUGAAAAGGAUGGAAUAUUUUUGCACAUUACUCGUCUUAUUUGUCGUGAAAGUCCAAUGCGAGUUGCCACCAGAGCCACCAGAGCCAACAGAGCCACCAGAGCCACCAAUAGAGCGAAUUGGUCCCUUUAUUAAGGGGAAUGAAGCUCUAAGUCCAGAAUAUGAGGAUGAAACUAAUCGAAUGUUUCAAGGGGAUAUAAAGGAUCCCGGACGCUGGCCUAAUGGAGAAAUUGGAGAAGCUGGUACACGAACACCUUGGCCUAAUGGCAUAAUUCCUUAUAUAUUUGACUGCUCAGUUGCAAGCAACACACGUGCAGUAAGUGCGACGAGAGAAGCCAUGAAAUUAUGGGAGGAAAAAACAUGUGUGAGAUUUGUGGAGAAACAAGCUAGUCACCAAAUUUACCUCGAGUUUAUCAGAUCGGCUGGUUGUUGGGCUACAUUCGUUGGUUACAAGAGGAAAAAAGUACAAAUCUCUAUUGGCAAAGGUUGUGAUUUCAAACACGUAAUGAUUCACGAGCUUGGUCAUGUGAUCGGAUUUUGGCACGAGCAAAGUCGACCUGACCGAGAUCAGCAUAUUACAAUCAAUCGCGCAAACGUUAUUCCAUCUCUUUUGUACAACUUUGAUAUCGUAAAAGAACAAGUCAAUAACUAUGGUGAACCUUAUGACUUCAACUCUAUCAUGCAUUAUCCAUUUAAUGCGUUUGCAGUUGAUAGAAGAUAUGAUACAAUCACACCAAGAAAUACAAAAGUCAAACUUUCACGUGCUACAGAUAUCAGAAAUAUAAGUGACGCAAGUAGUAGAGUGGAUUUCGCCUCGACAGGAGGAGGAUGUAGCGAUCAGCAUAUUCAUUGUGAAAAUUGGGCGACCAACGGCCACUGCACGUUGGCCCCUGAUCCUAUGUUGAAAUUUUGUCCAAAAAGCUGUAGUGUAUGUGACAAACCAUGUGAAAAUAAGUACCCUGAAGAUUGUCCAGAUUGGGCUGCAUAUAAAUAUUGUGUUCAUAAAAAGCAUCGUUCUUUUAUGAUAAAGAAUUGUGAAAAAUCAUGCGGAAUCUGUCAAGAUUUUACAAAAUCAACAACAAGAGCAACCAUACCAACAACAAUUGCAACCAAACCCAGAACAAGAGCAACCAGACCACCAAGAACAAGAACAACCAGACCACCAAGAACAAUGGCAACCAGACCACCAACAAGAGCAACUAGACCACCAACAAGAGCAACAAGACCACCAACAACAAGAGCAACCAGACCACCAACAACAAGAGCAACCAGACCACCAACAACAAGAGCAACCAGACCAACAACAAAAGCAACCACACCAACGACAAGAGCAAUCAGGCAAGGUGAAAGACGUCUGCCAUCGGGGAAAUAUACAGGUGUCCUUUGUGCGGAUCGAAGUCCUAACUGUAAGGCUUGGGCAAAAGCUAACCGAUGUCGCACAGAUCGUUGGGUCUUUGAUAAUUGCAUGUUAAGUUGCCAGCGAUUUACUGUCUGUGAUCGAAAAAUUAUACAACCGGAAGGCUCUUGUGUUGACCCUCUUGGGGUUCAUUCUAAAGAUAUUAUUCCAGACAUUAACAUGUACGGAACAACUGUCUUUGCUCCAGGUGGCGGAUGGAGUGCACCUGCCCACUCUGCUCGUCUUUACAAGGAAGACGAUCAUCAAAAGAGGUUUGUUGGUGGGUGGUGUGCAAGACCUGGAUUUAAAAAUCAAUAUUUACAAAUUGAUUUCGGAAGAAGAAGAAGAAUUACGGCCAUAGCCACUCAAGGAAGAGAUGUUUACUUUGAGCACGUGAAAUCAUACAGCUUAAAGUUCAGUAAUGAUAGACGAGUCUGGACGGACUACCAAGAAAAUGAUGAAGUUAAAGUGUUUGAUGGAAACUGUGAUCACAUGACACCCGUUCUAAAUCUUCUGAAACACCCUCGAUCUGCUCGGUUCAUCCGCAUUUAUCCAAUUAAGUAUAUAGCUGCAGCUUGUCUUCGAGUAGAAGUGUAUGGCUGUUAAAUACGAAAGCAUUUAAGCACACUACACAACCAGGUUUUAUAUAUAAAGAGGUAAAAUAAUUUAUUUGUUGAUAAUCAUAUUUUUUAAAGUUAAAUAUGUGUAAAUAUCUUCUUUACGAAACAAAAUAAAGUUAUAUUAUUUUAAAGUAA